AUGCUGGUUCCAAGUUCAACCGAGAAAGAAUUUGAUACGACAUCUAAUGAUGCAGAAAAGAUAACUGGAAAUAUAGAGAAUUCUAAUUCUAGAAAGUAUGCUACUUCUGAAGAAUUAGAAGAUGGGUCUGACAAAGAAAUAGAUACUGAUGACGUUGAAAUACAAAAUAAACUUAUAAAAUUGUGUGGUAAUGCUGUAAAAAGUCUUAUACUAAAAGCUGCUAAAAAAUCGUUCACUUAUUCUAUAUUAGAGGACGAUAUAUCAGGAAGCGAACAACUGUCUUUAGAACUGAGAUUUUUCGAUGAAGAAAAUUUGACGGUACGCGAAGAAUUUCUCGGAUUCGAAAAAUUAGAAUCUAUGGAUGCAAGAACCAUAGCUGAAACAAUCAACAACUUUUUACAAACAGGAGAAUUAGACCCACAAAAAUGUGUUGGGCAAGGAUACAACGGAUGUGCGGCAAUGGCCGGCAAAGAUGGUGGAGUACAAAAGAUAAUAAGAGAAAAGUAUAGAAAGGGCUUGUUCUUUCAUUGCCAUUAUGAUGCCAUUAUGAAAGAUCUCUUUGCUUCUGCCAAUAGGAUUGCGGAGGAAAUACAAAUAGAACUCUUCAUUCAUCCAGAAUAG